GGAGCUCAGCGCCGGGAUCCCCGGGCGGGCUAUUCUCGUGUUCGGGCCGGUGUUCGAAGCGGCGGCAGCCUCCUGAGCCCUGCGUCGGAGCAAUGGCAGGAAAGCCUGGGGGGAACCAGCUGUGUAACGUGGGCCGGCGGGCUGGGUAGACCAAGUCAUCGGAUCUAGCGCUUUGGGCUCUAGCAUCGGCUCCGUGGGCAAGUCACGUAGAUAGAAUUUGAGUGCUUAAAAUUAGGCACCGGAAUGUGGGUUUAGACGCCACAAGGAAACUAUGAAAAAGGCUUUGAAGCUAACCCACUGCUCCACUAUGAGAUAGGAAUUGAUACCAUUGUGCAGAUGGAGAAACUGAGGCACACAGGUGUUAAGAUCACUAUGGCAACUGGAAGAAAAGUGAUGAGAGCAGUUAAAGUUUCUGAAUUUGGUGGACCUGAAGUGCUUAAGCUCCUGUCAGAUGUUUUAUUGCCGAAUCCGAAAGAAAAUCAGGUCUUAAUUAAAGUCCAUGCAUGUGGCAUAAACCCAGUGGAGACGUAUAUUCGUUCUGGUGCUUAUGCUAGAAAACCAGCUUUACCUUACACUCCUGGCACGGAUGUUGCUGGAGUAAUUGAAGCUGUUGGGGAGCAUGUAACUGUAUUCAAGAAAGGUGACAGGGUUUUUACUAAUGGUACCAUCUCUGGUGGCUAUGCAGAUUAUACAGUUGCUGCAGCGGACACAGUCUUCCCCUUAUCAGAUAAAUUAGACUUCAAGCAAGGUGCUGCCAUUGGAAUCCCAUAUUUCACUGCUUACCGUGCACUCUUCCAAAAAGGGCAUGCCAAAGCAGGGGAAACUGUGCUAGUCCAUGGGGCAAGUGGAGGAGUUGGAAUAGCAACCUGCCAGAUUGCCAGAGCUUAUGGUUUAAAGGUUUUAGGCACAGCUGGAACUGAAGAAGGAAUGAACAUAGUUUUGAGAAAUGGAGCCCACAAAAUGUUUAAUCACAGAGAAGCUGAUUACGUUGAUAACAUUAAGGAAUUCAGUGGUGUGCAGGGAGUUGAUGUGAUAAUAGAAAUGCUAGCUAAUGUUAAUCUUGCCACUGACUUACAACUACUGUCACCUGGAGGAAGGGUGAUGAUUGUGGGGAGUAGAGGUCCAAUUGAAAUAAACCCCAGGGACACUAUGAUGAAAGAAUCAAGCAUAAUAGGAGUUAGUCUGUUUUCUGCAACUAAGAAGUUGAUGUAUGAAUGUGAAACAGCGCUUCUUGCUGGUAUAGAAGCUGGCUGGCUUAAACCUGUAGUUGGCUCUGAAUAUCCAUUGGAAAAAGUGGCGAAGGCUCAUGAACACCUCAUUAACAGCAGUGGUGCUUUGGGAAAGAUGGUACUCCUUAUAUGAUAAGUCAUGUAAUAAAGUUUCUUUCCAUUUAUAUUGUGGCUGUUCUAAUUACACCCUUGCCUGUAUGCUUCAUUUAGCAUGUUUUACAAAACAUAGGGUUGAUCACAGAUAUUUUAUAGUAAUAGCAAGUCUAAUUUAGACAGGGAGGAUACCUUAAAUGAACAUACUUUUUUUAUGUAAUGAAAAGCAGUGUCAGAUUUAAGCUUCUAAAUACUCUUUCCCCUCCCCCCAUCCCCAAUUUGGCUGACCUGAAAAUUGCAUCUUUUUCCUUUCUGCGUUGGUCUUGUCACUGAUACCUGUUCUGUCCUAUCCAGGUUGGAAUAUUGUACAAUACUGUACUUAUUGCUUCCCUUGAAUACUACAGGGAAGCUUUAGCUAGUGCAGAAUGUGGCUUUCAGUCUGCCUUUUAAAGUGGAGCGACAUAUAUGUGUAAGUAGAGCUCCAUGUGUUCUGUAGCCACAAAAUAUGUUGCUAUUCAGCAUCUGCCACAGAAGUGUACUUUAGAAUCCAAACUUCGAUUUUACAGUCAUUAACUUUCUGGCCCUUAUGAUUGCUAAGAGCCUCCCAGAUGUGAAUUGAAUGUAAACAGGGGCAAUGUUGUAUGCCUGAAUCUGACUAAACAAUAUCCUGAAAGGUGUAAUUGACCAAAGUAUCCCAGUAGGAUGGUGACUGUGAAGCCCAAUGUCAUCAUUCAUUAUUUUACUACUGAUCUCGUUUUAGCAGAAAUAGCCAGAUAACGUGCUGAGUCCUUGCUGUUGAAAGGGAGGGCAAUGAGGAGUUCAAUGCCCUCCCUCUUUCUUUUGAAUUUAAAGUCAGCUCCCUCAUAAUGGGAGGGAAAGAAGAGCUGCCUCCCUCCUGAGUGCCAAGAAUUCAAGCUGUCUUUCCCUAACCAUCAGUCCCUUUCAUGGAUACAAAAAUAUGCAGCAUAUUGAAAAUGUGACCACUCUGUAAAACAAAUGAAUGUACUGUAAAAUGAGGACCUCUGUACUGAUUGUAUUAUUCUUCAUAUCUAAUGCAAUAAAAAUCUGAAUUUGUUAAUCUGCAGCAGAAAUUUGCGUUUGCCACACCAGAAUGCCACACCAGAAACUAGGGGAUGUUGCAGCAGAAUCCAGGUCUAACUUGCCUACAUUUUGUAGUCCUAUUUGAUGGUCACUUCAUGAAUGAAUUUAAUCUCUUUAUGUUGUGGCCCAGGACAAGUACUAAUAAUCAGAUAUGGCUAUUUUGGUUUAACUGCUAGUCAGUGUUCUUGGUUGGCAAUAUCAAUAAACAGUAAACAAACGGUUAUACAA